UUUAGCAUGGUGGAUUACCCUGGACUUAAAAAGUCAACAUUCUGACUAUGAGCACAGUACUAGCAGCCUUAAAUGUUAAAUCACAUGGGCCGUAUAAAGAGAGAGAGAGGUCUUUAUACGGAACGGAACCUUAAAAUGUCUUUUUUAGUUUCUCAAAACAUCUUUUUGUCGGCAACUCUCGGAGUCUGAGGGACUGUGCUCUACUGUGUACUACUACUACUACUCAACUUUGAAGAGAGAUAAUUAGAAUGGGAAGUGUGGGUUCUUCAAGACUAUCACUGGUUUUGUUUGCGAGACUCUCAGGUUUAGUAAUCGCAGUUUCGGUUCUGUACUGGGCUCUCUUCCUCCCUAGUCAAGACUUCGGCUACUCUACUCUCCAUCCUCUGCUGAUGGUGAUUGGCUUCAUUCUUGUAAGUGGAGAAGCGAUUUUAAUACACAAAUGGUUACCUGGUUCAAGGAAAACGAAGAAAGCAGUACAUCUAUGGCUACAAGGAGUGGCAUUGGCCUCUGCUGUGUUUGGAAUUUGGACAAAGUUCCAUUACCAACGUGGCUUUUUUGCCAAUUUCUACAGUCUCCAUUCUUGGAUGGGCUUACUCUCUGUUUCUCUCUUCGCUGCCCAGUGGGUGACUGGGUUCAUGAGUUUCUGGCAUAGAGGAGAAGUACGAACAACAAGAACCACGUUUCUUCCAUGGCACGUCUUCUUUGGACUCUAUACAUACGGUCUUGCCAUUGCCACCGCCGAGACCGGACUGCUUGAGAAACUGACGUUCCUUCAGACUAAGAGGAACGUCCCCAGACGCGGUUCUGAAUCAAUGACUGUCAACGGUCUAGGACUUGGCUUGGCUCUACUCAGUUGCAUUGUUGUAACUGCUGCUGUUUUGCCAAAGUAUCAGAGCCAUUCUGGUGAUGAGAAACUUGUUUAUUCAUCUCAAGAUCGUCCCAAAUGUUUUUCUUCUUGAGUUUUCUUUCAUUUUUUUUUUGUUUGUAUUGGAUUUGGGGACAGACUACUACACAUCUUUGGUGUACAAAAAAGAACAAAUUAGUUCUUCUAAAAUGUAUUACCGCAUUGUGAUGA